ACUAAUACUCAUGAACCAUAAUCAUAAGAUACAUUUACAAGUUUUGUGCAAUCGACAAAUGGAUUGUCCGUCACUGUCAAAGACUGUCAUUUCUUCUGCAAUCUGUCAGUUCAGGGCGAAGAGUUUGCCAGUUUUAACACAAGUCACAAAUUUUAAGGAUAACCACUUUCAAACUCCAACUCACUUUUUGAUGUAGGAAGAUAUUGGCACUUGAACAGACGGAAAGUAUCUACACUUGACAAGUGAUAAAUGGUUUUAUUAGUCAUCAACGUAUGUUGAUACUUCAAUGAUAAAAGGAAAUAUUUGAAUAACCCUUGGAAAAUAUGUCAAAGAAUUCCCAAGAAAUUGUGUUUGAGGGUUGGUUAACAAAGUCUCCUCCAACAAAGAGGAUAUGGAGAGCAAGAUGGAGAAGGAGAUGGUUUUUGUUGACACAUUCUGGUCAACUCCCUGGUCAAUAUAUUUUAACAUAUUACACUGACAGAAACUACAGAAAAUUGAAGGGAGUUAUUAAUUUAGAUCAAUGUGAACAAGUGGAUUUGGGCUUGAAAGUGGAUGAAAGGAAAUUGAAAUUUGACCAUGUUUUCGAUAUAAAAACACCUUCUAGGACAUAUUACUUAGCUGCAGAUACAGAAAAUGAAAUGCGGUCCUGGGUAACGUGUAUCUGCAAAGUGUGUGGUUUGAAGUCAACAAACGAAGAUGAUGAUAUUCCUACAAGAAUCCCCAUCAAUUGCCCAGAUGUGGAGAUUACCGAAGAACCAUCCGAAAGUCAGAGAAUGACAUUAUUAAAUGGCAUAAGUGUACCUCUUCCUGCAUCACCAGUCAGCUCUAGUCCUUACAUACCUGUAUCUGAAUGUAUCACUGGAAAAUCUCCGAUCCUGGACCCCAAGGACUUCAAAACACUUCUGGAGUAUAACAUGAGGAACUCGGUGUUAAGAUCAGAAAUACCAAACACACAUACCAAUGAAAGUUACGAAUUUCCACAAAGAAACUACAUGAAUUACAUGAACAUUCAGGAUCCGAGGUUCUACGAUUGUCCUAGGAAAUUGGCAACGCCAUUUCAGAAGCGUGAUGCAGAAGGUGAAAAGAACCAUUCUCCUUUACAGAGCCCUACAGAUUCUGACAGUGUGUUCAAUGAUGAUGAUUGGACUGCAAAUUCAUCCAGCGAUUUCAGUAAGUACAACACUUCAAGAAAUACCAGACCCUCUGAUAGUUCAAAUGAUGGUGAUAUAAUUGCAACAAAGAAGUUCGUCAAAACCUCGGGAAAUGAAUCAGCUCCUCCAAGACCACCCAAACCAGUACAAACGGUAGCUGCUCCAUGCUAUCUGAACCUCAAUCCUUCAAAAAUUGGCAUUGAGGCUGAAGAAAACGAUCAAAAGUCAAAUAAAGAAAAUCAGCAGAAAGUGUUAACAGAUGACAUGUAUGACUUUCCCCGUUCACACCAUAUUGAAAACGAAGCUUCCUUGAAAAGGAAACACUGCUAUAACAAUGCUGCGCCGGUGGUUUGCCCUGAAGGAACUAUUUUCAGAUAUGAUAUUUCUCCACGAGCGGGGACCAGCACGUCGGUGUUCAGGUAUGAUUUAGAAGACACCCAGGACGCACCUCCUUCGCCUGCUUUAUCUCAUUCAUCAUCAACUCCUGCCUAUUCGAAUCUUCCUAGCCCAUCGUACACCCAGCUGAUGGCCCCGCCGAUGGUUAACAGGGAGUUGAAACCGAAGAGGAAGCUCUCCGAUUCACACUCGAUUACCUCCAAUCCCGAACCACCUUCUCCGAGAAACGCUCCAUCUGUUGACAGAAAGCUGAAGCCUCCAACACCCUUACAGCUGCCGGACUAA